GCCUAUACUCCAGAGACCUCCCUUUGGACGACAAGAGCAAUAGCGAAGGAAAUGAUGAGAUACUGAUAAAAUUAUGGACAGAGAGCCAUCGCAUAUCGUCACGCAGUGAUAGGCCGGUGUCUCCUUUUGGAUUGGGUGUAUCUUUUGGCACCUCCGCAGUCUCAAAGUCCACCUCUUACACCCCAUUAAAAGCCUCCGCAGCCUCUGUCUCUAUUCUAGACUUUCUCGGGGGAAUCCAGAAAAGCUAUAACAUAGAUUCUCUCUUAAAUGGCCAGGCCGAUUCGUUGGCUGCCUGAGUUGUUCUUCUCACCUUGUCUUAGAAGACACUUUUAUCUUCCUCUUAUCCCUUCGCCGCCACCGCUGCAUUUCUUUAUUUCUCUGUAACCUUUUUUAAUGAAACCUUUUGUUCUUUCCUUUGUUUUUUUUGGGUCUUUUAUUUUCCUCAUCCAUAGUUAGUGACUUGUGGUGAAAUCCAAAGUUCUGCAAACUGUUUCUAGCUCUGGGAAGUAAGUCUCUGUGGUAUCUCUCACUCUUCUUUACUGAUUACCUCUAUUUUGACAGCAUAGUUUCCUCUAUACCACCUAAAGCAGAUGGGUUUGGAGCAUGGUGUAGUUCUGGUGAUGCUUUUAACUCUAUGGUCUGGUUUUAGUUAGUAGGAAUCCAAAUUAUAGUGCUCUGUGGGUUGCUUCUUUAAUGGUUUCGCUCUGUCUUAUUAAAUAUUUCAUCCUAUCAUGAUUGUAUAUUUUAAGCUGCUCGUGUGGAACACAUCACCUUGUCUUAUUAAAACACCUCCCGCAUAUACGCCUGGGGAGCUUCAAGUCGUUUUCAUGGUGUCCUUGUUGCCAAGUUCCACUUGAGUUGUGAAGGCUGCAAGGGAUUCCACUGCAAACCCCUUCUCUCUAAGCUUGUUCUCUAAUUUCCACUUGUUUUGAAAUAGUUUGGAAUCCAGAAGUGGAAUUAAGGUUGGGAGUAGGAAUUCUGGUGGUGGUGGGGAUGAUGGGGUGGUCUUCUGGGGUUUUGAAAGUGGUUUCUUGGCUUUGUUUGGUGGGUUUUGUGAGCGGGAUUGGCGCGAACUGGGGGACGCAGGCGAGCAACCCCCUGCCGCCGGGCACGGUGGUUCAGAUGCUCAGGAACAACGGGUUUCAAAAGGUGAAGUUGUUUGAUCCAGAGGAUGAUGUCAUGAGUGCCCUCAGCAACUCAGGGAUUCAGGUGAUGGUCGGAAUUCCAAACGAGAUGCUCGCGAGCCUGGCAUCGGGUACGAAGGCGGCGGAGGAUUGGGUGUCCAAUAACGUCUCCAGUUAUAUCAAGGAAGGAGUCGAUAUCAGGUAUGUUGCUGUUGGAAAUGAGCCAUUCUUACAGACUUACAAUGGGAGUUAUCUCCAGACUACCUUGCCAGCCCUCCAAAACAUCCAAGGUGCUCUCAUAAAAGCUGGGCUGAGCAACCAGGUCAAAGUCACCGUGCCCCUUAAUGCUGAUGUCUAUGAAUCAUCAAGUGGCAAACCUUCUGAUGGCGAUUUCCGCACAGACAUCCAUGACCUCAUGGUUUCUAUCGUCCAAUUCCUCAGUGAUAGUGCUGCUCCCUUCACUGUCAACAUUUACCCCUUCAUCAGUCUCUACGACGAUCCCAACUUUCCUAUAGACUAUGCCUUCUUUAAUGGAACUCCUGCAUCCCCUGUGGUCGAUGGUUCGAUCACAUACACUAAUGUAUUUGAUGCAAACCAUGACACUCUCAUAUGGGCCCUGAAGAAGAAUGGCUUUGGAAAUCUUACUGUCAUUGUUGGUGAGAUUGGAUGGCCAACUGAUGGAGAUAUGAAUGCAAAUAUUCAGUAUGCUCAACAAUUUAAUCAGGGUUUCAUGCAACGCAUCUCAUCGGGGCAGGGCACACCGAUGAGAUCGGGAGCUAUUGAUGCAUAUCUUUUUAGUUUGAUAGAUGAAGAUCAAAAGAGCAUCCAGCCAGGGAAUUUUGAGAGACAUUGGGGCAUCUUUUACUAUGAUGGGCAGCCGAAGUAUCAGCUUACUGUCUCAACAUCAAACUCUGGAACAUUAGUUGGAGCUAAGAAUGUCAAGUAUUUAGACCAGCAGUGGUGUGUGUUCAAGCCUUCAGUCAACCUUGAUGAUUCGAGAGUGGCGCCGGCUGUGAGCUAUGCUUGUGGGAGAGGUGACUGCACAAGCCUUGGGUAUAAGACAUCAUGUGGUGAUCUUGAUGCAAGAGGGAAUAUUUCAUAUGCGUUCAACAGCUACUACCAGAUGAAUGAUCAGGAUGAUAGGGCCUGUGACUUCCAAGGCAUAGCUACUAUCACCAAUAGUAACCCAUCUAAUUCCACUUGUAGGUUUGAGAUCAUGAUUGAUGAUGCUGGUUCUGCAACAUCCUGGAGAUUAGCAGCAGUCGGGGGACAGGGAGCUGGUUUGGUGUUCUAUGCGCUUCUUCCAUUCCUGUUGGUAUUGCUGUGAUCAUAUCUUGACAUUUCUAUACCAUCUUUGUUAUAUUGCUUCAUUGUUUUGUAUCUAUAUCUUCAUCUCCUUUACCAACAGCUGGCAAACCUUGCUAUUUUCAUCAAAAGAAGGAGAAUAAUUCGACAUCUAUGUGUUGCUAUUUGAGUUAAUUGGAUUCGUAGUUCAUAUCCAUUUGAGACAGCCAAGCCAGUGCUGAUGACUCGAGCUAAUAACUGUUGUUGCUUCACAUGAGAACUAACAUGGAAGAUGAGCGCACAAAGAAUAGAACAUGGAAGAGUAUAUUGGAUCGGCCACUCUUUUUUUUUUUUUUGGAAUAAAAAAGAAAAGAAAAGAAAAGAUUGUUCUUUACAUGGAAGAUUCUAGUUUGCAAAAUUAGAAUUGUUACACUGGAGAAGCAAUACUAAGUAAUCAUAUUGUGCACUCCAAGGUCAUCAUCUCCUCCAAAUAAAUGUUAUGAGAGAACACCCAUAGAGGUAUUCUUGGGUAAGAAGUGAAGUUUUUUUGAGCAAUGCGAUUUUUUUUUUCUUUUGAAU